AUGUUUGUGUCCGAUUUCCGCAAGGAGUUCUACGAGGUGGUUCAAAACCAGAGGGUCCUUCUCUUUGUGGCCUCGGACGUGGACGCUCUGUGCGCUUGCAAGAUUCUUCAGGCUCUGUUCCAGUGUGAUCACGUGCAGUAUACGCUGGUUCCGGUUUCUGGGUGGCAAGAACUUGAAACUGCAUUUCUUGAGCAUAAAGAACAGUUCCAUUAUUUUAUUCUCAUAAACUGUGGAGCUAAUGUAGACCUAUUGGAUAUCCUUCAGCCUGAUGAAGAUGCCGUAUUUUUUGUGUGUGACACCCACAGGCCAGUUAAUGUCGUGAAUGUCUAUAAUGACACCCAGAUCAAACUACUCAUUAAACAAGAUGAUGAUCUCGAAGUUCCUGCCUAUGAUGAUAUCUUCAGGGAUGAAGAAGAAGGUGAAGAGCAUUCAGGAAAUGAAAGUGACAAUGGGUCAGAGCCUUCUGUGAAGCGCACACGGUUAGAAGAGGAGAUAGUGGCACAAACCAUGAAGAGGAGGCAGCGAAGAGAGUGGGAGGCUCGGAGAAGAGACAUCCUCUUUGACUAUGAACAGUAUGAAUAUCAUGGGACAUCGUCAGCCAUGGUGAUGUUUGACCUGGCGUGGAUGAUGUCAAAGGACUUGAACGACAUGCUGUGGUGGGCCAUUGUUGGACUAACGGACCAGUGGGUGCAAGACAAGAUCACCCAGAUGAAGUACGUAACGGACAUUGGCAUCCUGCAGCGCCAUGUGUCUCGGCACAACCACCGGAAUGAGGAUGAGGAGAACUCCCUCUCUGUGGACUGUACACGGAUUUCCUUCGAGUACGACCUCCGCCUGGCACUCUACCAGCACUGGUCCCUCCAUGACAGCCUAUGCAACACAUGCUACACUGCAGCCAGGUUCAAGCUCUGGUCUGUGCAUGGGCAGAAGCGUCUCCAGGAGUUCCUUGCAGACGUGGGCCUCCCCUUGAAACAGGUGAAGCAGAAGUUCCAGUCCAUGGACGUCUCCUUGAAGGAGAAUUUGCGGGAGAUGAUCGAAGAGUCUGCAAAUAAAUUUGGGAUGAAGGACAUGCGCGUGCAGACUUUCAGCAUUCACUUCGGGUUCAAGCAUAAGUUCCUGGCCAGUGACGUGGUCUUUGCCACCAUGUCACUGAUGGAGAGUCCCGAGAAGGACGGCUCAGGGACAGAUAACUUCAUCCAGGCUUUGGACAGUCUCUCCAGGAGUAACCUGGACAAACUCUACCAUGGCCUGGAACUCGCCAAGAAGCAGCUGCGAGCCACGCAGCAGACCAUCGCCAGCUGCCUCUGCACCAACCUUGUCAUCUCCCAGGGGCCCUUCCUCUACUGCUCCCUCAUGGAGGGCACUCCGGACAUUGUGCUAUUUUCCAAGCCAGCAUCCCUGAGCCUGCUCAGCAGACACCUGCUGAAGUCCUUUGUGUGUUCGGUGAGGAACUGGAGAGAGAUGAAGUUGGUUCCCUUACUACCUGCAGCAACCCUGAGCCCCCAGGGGUCCAUUACAGUGGAUGGGUUCCCAACAGACCUUUUAUAUGUCUGCAGCUUUUUUGGGCGGGCAUUUGAGAAGGCAGCAGAGGGCACCAAUUCUCGGACGCUGCACAACCAUUUUGACCUCUCAGUAAUUGAACUGAAAGCAGAGGAUCGGAGCAAGUUUCUGGAUGCACUUGUUUCUCUCCUGUCCUGA